CCGGGGUCUCAGGUGCGGGGUCUGAGAGUGGCGGUGGCUCCGCGAGGCCGGGGCGGUUGAGGGAGGGGCGCUGGCAGGUCCGCGGGCGCAGGUGAGGGUCUGAGGGCGGAGCCAGGGCCGGAGGGAGGGCUGGCGGACGGCAGGCCCGCGCGGCUCCGAGUCCCGAGGCUGGGGAGCCGGAGCUGGGAGCCGCGGGCGGCGGUCCCGGCUGCGCCAUGCGGGUGCACCUGGGCGCGCUGGCGGGCGCGGCGGCGCUGACCGGGGCGCUCAGCUUCGUGCUCCUGGCGGCCGCCAUCAGCACGGACUUCUGGUACAUCAUUGACACCGAGCGGCUGGAGCGGGGCGGCCCGGGCGUGCGGGGCCGGGCGGGGGCCGCCAACCGCAGCCAGCUCGAACCCCUGAGCUCGCACUCCGGCCUCUGGCGCACCUGCCGAGUCCAGAGCCCGUGUGCGCCGCUGAUGAACCCCUUCUGGCAGGAAAACGUGACCGUCAGCGACUCAAGCCGGCAACUUCUCACCAUGCACGGGACAUUUGUGAUUCUGCUGCCGCUCAGCCUUAUCCUGAUGGUUUUUGGGGGGAUGACGGGGUUUCUGAGCUUCCUCCUUCGAGUCUCCAUCCUCCUCCUGCUCACGGGGACCCUCUUCCUCUUUGGAGCCUUGGUGACCCUCGCUGGAAUGAGCGUCUACAUCGCGUACUCGGCCGCCGCCUUCCAGGAGGCACUGUGUCUCCUGGAGCAGAAGGCCCUCCUGGACCAGGUGGACAUCCGCUUCGGCUGGUCCCUGGCCCUGGGCUGGAUCAGCUUCGUCACCGAGCUGUUCACCGGGGUGGCCUUCGUGGUGGCGGCCCGUGUGCUCAGCCUGAGGCAGAGGCAGGACCAGGCCGUCUGAGCCCGGGUACCUGGUCCGCUGGGAGGGAGGGGCUGGCCGGGGGCGGCCGGGACCCGUUGGGGGGGGGGGGGGGCUGCAGUCUCCUCCUCCUCAGCCCGAGAGCCACUGUGGACUGAGCUCCGGACCCGGCUGUCGACUUCGUGCCGUGUGUGCGGCCGGGCCUGGCGCGUCUGUGUGUCCGUGCACGUGUGUGUCCGUGCGGGCCGGAGGGAGCUGCGGGAGUGCAGAAUCCCCAUCACCUGGAGUGACAAACGCACCCCCUUCAUCGUAAGCGGAGCCUCCCAGCGUCCGCAGGCCCCCCCACCCCCUGCCUUCGCGUCAGCCCUCACCCUACGCCCCCGCCCAGUGGAUCGGCUCGCCUUCUUUGCCAAGGACACGGGAGACCAGAGAGGUCAGGAGAGCUGCAGAAAGGUGCACAGCGAGCUGGUGGUGUUUUCCUCGCUGCAGGGACAGUACUCAGUCCUUCCCCUCGACUGCUCUGAGCCGGUUUAGCGGCUGGCUGCAGGGUGCUUGCUGUGGGUGGCUGUGCUGCGACCUGGAGCCCAGGGGGGCGGGGGCAGUGUGAAAGUAGGGGACGAGAGCAGAAGUCUGGGCUUCUCACCAGCCAGGCCGUGCACACACGUCCUGCUGAAGUCAGCCGGGUGCGUGCUCGUCCCGCCCGGAGUCCCGGGGCUCGAGUAAGUCCGGCUCACUCGGAGCGGAGAUUCUGCGAUCAGGGCCUGUGCUUUGAGACGUCACACGAUCGUCCCGGACGUGAAGGCCUGAGGGCCUCUGGUGGUCAGUGCACUGGUCCCCUUGCGUGUGGCUUCAUCGCUGUUGCCGGGGAGGACCACCGACACGCUCACAACAGACGGGAAGAGGAAUCGGCAGGCUUGGGGUUUGCAGGAAGGAACAGUUAGCAGACUCGCCCGGGGAGGGAAGAAUGACGAGCACGUUCGCGCUCGGUGGGCGAGAACAUCCUCACAGAUGCAGCAACAACUCCUGGGUGGUUGUCUUGGCCCUUAGUUUCCACGUGAGUGUGUUGACUGAGCCUGCUUCCCUGGCCGCAAGCCCACGGCUGGCGAGGUCCACACAUGCCGGGAAUGCGGAAACCAGGGUCCCCCGAGGAAUCGGCACAUCUCAGUCGUCACUGGCAUUUAAACAGUGAGCAGGGGCCACCUCAGGAAACUGUGCAUUUCUAACACGCCUCCAGAAGGGAGGUGUUUGUUGUAAAGUAUCCCCCCCACCCCACCCUGCUGUCCCCACACGCGGUCUUCUGUCCAAAGUGUGAAGUCUGCCGUGGACCAAGUCCUGGUGACACUUUUCCAGCUCUUGUGUAAUGACACAGCGUUAGUUGUCGUGUGGCCUUCGUGGGUCUGGGUGGGGGAUGGUGCCCACCUGCGUGGGCCUGUUGGCAUGGAGUGUUCUCCAGGGAAGCCUGGCUCCUUCUAGGCAAACAUAAGUCUGCGGGUGACGUGGGCCUUUGUCAGUGUAGGUGCUGGGGGUGGGCCUAGGAUGUGAGGUGACAGACUCCCAUGGAGUUUGCCGACGGGACGAUCUUCAGGGACUCCUUGUAUCCCUUCCUCCCUCCCCCAGGACAUUCCAUCCCUCCUUUCUUCCUGGUUUUCCAGCCCAUGGGAAUGGGGGUGCCCAAAGUGUCCGCAUAUCUGAAUCCCCUGGGGUGGCUCUGCUCACACCGGAGCAUGUGAGACUCUUCUCGGUGUCCAAACCCCCCUGGCGGGCUGCCCUCCCCAGGGGCCGAAAGAGCCAGUCAGGAGGUCCUGGUGGGACCCGAGAAUUCACAUUGCUGACCAGCUCCCGGGUGAUGGGGAUGCUACUGGCCCGGGACCACUGUGUGUAUGACAUCAAUCUGGAGGAUUUGCUAAGUGACAGGGGUGAUUGUCACCUUACCACACAUUAGAAUCACCUGGGCAUCUUUUAAAAGCCCUGUGCCCCGGGCUGCAUCCUUGCUCUGAUGGCAUCUGGAGGCAGAGAACUCUCUGGAUGGUUCCAGCGCACAGCUGAGGUUUUGAACCUAUUCUUGUAAAAGAUUCAGAAGAUUCCUCGGUAAGUGCAGGUUUGGGGGUCGUGAGAUGACACUACCACCGUCCUCACCAUGGCACCAUCACCCUCACCGUGACAUCACCCUCCUUGUGUGGCAUCACUUCACGAUGACCUCCCCUUCCUGUGUCGUGAGCAUCAUCACAGCUGACCCUUGCUGGGUACUUGUUAGGCACCUGCACUCUUCCACAUGCUGUCAGUCAGUCACUCAACAAACAGGUGCAUGCUGGGAGCUGGGGGCGCUGACCCACCGGAGCAAGCUCUCGGCCUCUGAGCUGCCGCGUGAUCGAGGAGGGAGGGGGGCAAAACCGGUGGUGGGUGGCGGGGACUAUGGAGAUAAGCGGGGCAGGAUACAGGAGAGGAGACUGAGGCACAGACAGGCGAAGUUAACUGGCCCGAGGGCACGAAGAGAGAAAGGGGUACACCUGGGAUGGAAAUUAGAUCUGCCUGACGGCAGGAUGAUUUCCUUUCUCUCCCGUGAGCCAAGCCAACACCGGCACCACUCGGCUUUCUGUCUGCUGGUGGGUUUAGGACAUCGCCCUGCCUCCUGUCUCAGUCUGGAAAAGUGCAGGCUGAGCAGAUCGCUCACAAGGCCCCAUGGGGAGGGGAGCCGGCAAAGUUGCAAAAUCGGUUAGCAUGCCUCGCCUCGGAGAGAAAUGAAAAGUUUUCCCGGAGGGGGCCGCCAUGCUAGUGAGACAGCGGUCUUUGCCGCCACCUGCUGGUUGUGAGGUGGACGUGCGUCGGCGGGGGGGGGGGGGCCUGAUUUCUCAAAUCGGUCCAAGGACUCUUCAGUCCUCUGGGUGCCCAGCCAUGUGUCUGACACUGCAGGGCACGGGCUCUCCGCUGGGGCGAUUCACCGUCUCCUGCCCACCUGGGAUGUUGGCUAUGGCCACAGACAUUUUUGGCUGUCACAGCUGGGGAUGAGUGCUCCUGGCAUCUGGUGGGCAGAGGCCACAGGGACACUGCUAAGCAUCCUUCAGUGCACAGGGCAGUCCCCACGACAGAGAAUUACCUAGUCCCACGUGUCAGGCGUGCCGAGCUUGAGAAACCCUGCUCCGAGCACAGAAAGCACAUGUGUACUCAAGGAACCAACAACAUAGUUGGAAAGAAUCUCAUUCAUUCAGUGAAUAAUUGCCAAACUCCUAUGAUGUGUCUAGAACUGUUCUUGGGGUCUGGGACACUGGGGACGCAUCAGUGCAGGUGAGUGACAAGAUCUGUGUCCUUACUAGCUUAUACGGAAAUGGCCGAUACAUGAACCAAUGAUACACAUGAGAAAUUUAGGUAGUAUUAGGGUCAUGAAGAAAAUAAAACAGGGUCAGGAGCUAGAGGGUGGCCAAGAGAGACAGUAGUCUAGGAAGGACAGUCAGAGAGGGCUUUUGGGAGGAGGUGGAAUUGUGCUGAGACCCAGUGAGGAAUCUGCCAUGUGGGGAAACAGCAGACCAAGCAGAUGACAGACAGUAAGUACAAAGGCCCUGAGGUGGAAACAAGCUCAUGUGUUUGAAAAGAAGAA